CUCGAAUAUGGUCCAAUUAUCCCCCCUCCUGCUAUUCACACCCUUGUGUGAUCCCUUUCUCUUGAGCUGGGCAAGACCUGCAACUGGAUUCUAACCAUGGAAUAUGGAUGUGGCAAAGGGUCUGAUCAGGAAUGGCAGCUGGUGCAUCUUGGAAGCUUGUCAUAGUCUAUGCUUGAAAGUUCAAGGACAGAAGAAGGUGAAAAUCACCUCAAUUUCAAGGUGUGAUGAGCAGCUGUUUCUCAGUGGGGAGGGGAGAGGACAACACAAGACAUGGAUAAGAUACCUGCAGAGGAGCUGUUCUCGUCUGAGCAGAACACAUGACAGCGCAGACUCUGAGAAAAGGGAAUUAGCAACACUGAAAACCUCUGGAAAGAAGGCUCUAAUUAAGGUGCCUCUAUAGCCAAGUCUUCCUGCCUUGAUGGAUUAUACACUUGAGCCCAAUGUGACAAUAACUGACUACUACUAUCCUGAUAUCAUCUCAAGCCCCUGCGAUGGGGAACUUAUCCAAAGAGAUAGCAAGUUGCUUCUUGCCAUCUUUUACUGCCUCCUGUUUGUAUUCGGUCUUCUGGGAAACAGCCUGGUCAUCCUGGUCCUUGUCACCUGCAAGAAGCUGAGGAGCAUCACAGACAUAUACCUCUUGAACCUGGCCCUGUCUGACUUGCUUUUUGUCUUCUCCUUCCCCUUUCAGACCCACUAUCAGCUGGACCAGUGGGUGUUUGGGACUGUAAUGUGCAAGAUGGUCUCUGGCUUUUAUUACAUUGGCUUCUUUAGCAGCAUGUUCUUUGUCACCCUCAUGAGUGUGGACAGGUACCUGGCAGUUGUCCGUGCUGUAUACGCCAUGAAAGUGAGGACGACCAGAAUGGGCAUAGCCCUGAGUCUGGCAAUGUGGCUGAUUGCCUUCGUGGCCACCAGCCCGUUACUAGUAUUUUACCAAGAGGCCUCUGAUGAUGGUGUUCUACAGUGUUAUUUGUAUUACAAUCAAGAGACGCUGAAGUGGAAGAUCUUCAUCCACUUUGAAAUGAAUAUCUUAGGCCUGUUGAUCCCAUUCACCAUCCUUAUGUUCUGCUACAUUAGCAUCCUGCACCAGCUGAAGAGUUGCCAAAGCCACAACAAGACCAAGGCCAUCAAGCUCGUGCUCGUUGUGGUGGUUUUCUCUUUACUCUUCUGGGUCCCGUUCAAUGUAGUACUUUUCCUUACUUCCCUGCACAACAUGCACAUCUUGGAUGGAUGCGUCAUGAGCCAGCGGUUGAUCUAUGCCACCCAUGUCACAGAAACCAUUUCCUUCACCCACUGCUGUGUGAACCCUAUUAUCUAUGCGUUCAUGGGUGAGAAAUUCAAGAAACACCUCUCAGAAAUAUUUCAGAAAAGUUGCAGCCACAUCUUCCUCUACAUAGGGAGACAAAUCUCUAGGGAGGCCUGGGAAAGGUCAUCCUCCUAUCAGCACUCCUCCCAUUCCUCCAGUAUAGACUACAUUUUGUGAGGCAGGUGCCUUAGAGCAGCCUUCUGCCUCCAUCACCCGUCUUCUUUCAGGAGACAAAAAUGAUUCACACUGGAAUCUGAGACUAUGUGAAGGGAGACUCUUAGAAAUUUGGCUACAGAUACAAGACUUAUUUCAUGAUAUUCAAGGAAUUCCUACUAUUGCAAAUUAAUCUUCUCAACUUUCAAAAACUUUGUUACUAUUUUCUGAAAAGAGUCUAUAUAUUUCACUAUGAAUUGUAAUGUUAGCUCUAGGGAUUUUUUUCCCCUUAGUUUUUGGAGUAUCUUUAUCAAAUACCAACUUAAAUUUUAUCAAAUGCCUUUUCCUUAUCUAUUGAAGUGAUCAUGUAGUUUUCCUCCAUUAUUCUGUUAAUUUGGUAAACUAUAUUGAUUGAUUUUCUUAUUUUAAAUCAACCUGUAUUUUCCCUGGAAAAAAUGACCUCAUGGUUAUGAUCAUUUUAAUAAAUAAUUGGAUUCUCUUGGGAUUUUCGUAUCUGUGUUCAUGAGAGACCUUGUCUUGUAAUUUUUCUUUCUUAUAAUGUCCUGGCCAGGUUUGGCCCCCAAAACAAAGGGUGGAUUGUAUUAUACGUCAAUUAAAACGUAAUAAAAAAAUGCAAGUCCCCCUCCCCCACACACAACAAAACCAACCAACCAACUCGACAACUCUUCAACAGGGCCUGUAAUACCCCACAAAGAUUGUCUCCCUUUUCUCUUUACUUGUGCUGGUCCAGCCACUCUGGCCUCCCUUCAAUCCUGGGAGAUUGAUCUCCACGAUUUAUUCAAAUGGUUCUUCCUCUCAAUUUGUGUGUGUGUCUUUUUCUCCCUGAACUCUAGUUAACUGAGUGUUAAUAUUUUUCUUAUCCAUAUCUUAUAGCUUUAUUUUAUAUUUUCUGUUUUUUAAAGAGUUCUUUAAUUUGCUCUUCCGAUUUUCUAAUUCAUGUUUUAGCUAUAUUCCAUCUAUUAUGCUCUCAUUUCAGCUAUUAUAUAUAUAUGUGUGUAGAUAUAUAUAUAUGUAUAUAAUGUGCUCCUUAUUUCAACUAUUAUAUUUUUCAUGCUGGCACAGUGAUGGCCUUGAUACUUGCUGGGUUGAAAUGAUGAGGUCAGAUAGAAUCAUGCUGUGUGUAGCCUUUUUUUAAAAAAAUUUUUAUUGGAGUAUAGUUGAUUUACAAUGUUGUGUUAGUUUCAGU